AUGAGCACCCCAGCCCGCGUCGCCACUGUUGCAUUCUGCUCGAUUGCCAGCGCCAUUGUCGGUUUCAAGCUUGUCGAGGAGUACGAAGUCCGCGCCGUUUACGAAUAUGUAAUCCCAACCAAACUUCUCCCAAUAUUUAACCCCAAUAUCGAACCCGAUGGUCCUGUCGACCCGGUCGGCGACGAGUUGCAGCUCCAGCACCAGAAGCGCGAGGACGCAGCCCGUGCAGCCCGAGAGGCACAACAGUCGUCCACAGCCACCCAGCCACCCAGCACAGGACCCAGCGCAGGAGCGGACGCGCCAGUCGCUCGGCGGCAGUAA